AGAAUUCACAACUUGGAUCCCAAUUCUUUAGUAGAAAUGGGAACGAAAGUGAAGAUGUCUCAAAUGAGCACCCUUCUAGUUAGUCUUGCGGUGGUUAUUAUUUCAUCAUACCUGCCAUCGUUUAGCAAAGCCACCUACCCAUACUCAUCUCCACCACCUCCUAAGCAUGAAUAUGUUUACAACUCACCACCACCACCACCACCAAACGAACCUUAUAAGUCAUCACCACCUUCUCCUCCAGUUCAGAAGCCUCCACCACCACCACCAAAGGGAUAUUAUAUAUACAAGUCACCACCACCUCCUCCUCCUCUUCCUCAGGUUUACAAGUCUCCACCUCCACCUCCACCAAAGAAACCUUAUAUAUAUAAGUCACCACCACCUCCUCCACCAAAGAAACAUCAUGUACACAAGUCACCACCACCUCCUCCUUUGGUUCACAAGUCUCCACCUCCACCUCCUCCACCAAAGAAACAUCACAGGUCACCACUUCCUCAUCCUGCGGUUCACAAGUCUCCACCACCACCUCCACCAAAGAAACCUUAUGUAUAUAAGUCACCACCACCUCCUCCACCAAAGAAACAUCAUGUAUACAAGUCACCACCCCCUCCUCCACCAAAGAAACAUUAUCUAUACAAGUCACCACCACCUCCUCCACCAAAGACACAUUAUCUAUACAAGUCACCACCUCCUCCUCCUCCAGUUCACAAGUCUCCACCACCACCACCACCAAAGAAACCAUACAUAUACAAGUCACCACCACCUCCACCACCGAAGCAACAUCAUGUUUACAAGUCACCACCUCCUCCUCCUCCAGUUCACAUGUCUCCACCACCUCCUCCACCAAAGGAACCAUAUGUAUAUAAGUCACCACCGCCUCCUCCACCAAAGAAGCAUCAUGUAUACAAGUCACCAUCUCCUCCACCUCCAAUUCCCAAGUCACCAACACCACCACCACCAAAGAAACCUUAUGUAUACAAGUCACCGCCGCCUCCUCCACCUAAGAAACACUAUGUACACAAGUCUCCUCCCCCAUCACCACCUCCACCUAGAAAACCGUCUGGGUACAAGUCUCCCCCACAUUAUAUCUACAGUUCACCACCACCUCCUCAUUAUUAAGCAACUACCACCGUGUUUAUGUUCUUUCCAUUCCUUCAGGGUUAUAGAAAUAAACAAAAGUAUAGUUAUAUUUGGACCUUCAAGAGGACGAAUAUUAUUAUACCCUCAGGAAAGAGUAAUGAUCUUCGAAGUUGAUCCACAAGUGCUUGUAUUUCGUUUAUGUAUUUAAUAAAUAGUUGUUUGUCAUGUUUCUGUUUUCAUUAACCCCAUUUCUAGGUGGUUCAUGAUAAUGAAAACAUUUAAAACAAUUACUCACAUGUAUCCGUUCAUUUUUCCUAUCUGCAAUAUGUGAUUUUGAUUCAUAGUUAAUUAAAUGGUAAUGGUUACCCGUUAGUUAAA